GUGAUUUGCCUGUGCGAAGGCAUGAUGAAUGUAUAUUUCAUAAUUGGAGUAAAAAUAUCCUGAUCUUCAGCUAGCCCAUGAGGAGAGAAGAAUAUGAGCGCAGCUACGGGCGUCGCAGCCAUGUGCCUCCUCCUCUUCCGUCCCAGCAGGAGGAUCCAAGGAGCAGGAGGUCACGGACCAAGAUGAAAUGCCUUAUCUCCAUAGGACUCAUCUUGCCCGCCCUCGCCGCAGUCAUCGGCGUAGCUGCAUGGGCUGUAAGCGCGGAUGUCGUCAUGAACUCGGCCAACAACAGAGCCAACAAGGUAGACAACGGUCUCCUGCAGAGCUUUUCAAUGGGCAAUGACAACCGACCAAAUAUCUUCAGAAAUAAUGAAGAAAACCAAAGGCUUCAGUCCCAAACGGAUGCAGUUGCUCCCACAACAAAGCGGACUACCACUACAACAAGUACGAGCACUACUAGUACAACGCCCGCUACCACCACAACAACAACAACAACUACUACUACUACCACUGCGGCUCCACAAACACUUUCUCCGAAAGAUGCAUCAGAUGUAAAUGCCAUAUUGUCGAAAUUGAUAUCUGCUUCUGGAGCAGUGUCCGGUAGCAACGGGCCCCGGUUUGUCGUAGUUGCCCCUUUGCCAGAUCAUCCAGAAUCUACUAUAUCUCGAGUAGAUAGUCAUGUGGCUGAAAGUCCCAGUAACAAAGAAAAAGACAAUACCUGGCAACCAACUAGGGAAGAACAAUCCGAAGAUUUAGCUGCUUCUGGAUCUUCUCAAAGCUAUUCCAUCUCCAAAUCAAAUCCACAAACGAAGAGUCAACACUCGCUUCACAAGAAUGGUAAUUCGACAAAUCGGGGCAGUGCUCCCAAAAGUGAAGCUACGCGGAGAAUUGGCGAAAAGCCUUUACUGAUACAAAUGGCGAACAAUAACCGCAGAACGAGCAGUGGAUUUAACUCUCAACCGCUAGAACUUACUGGGUUCGAGCCUUUCGAUUCCAUGAUGCAAUCAGAAUCGGUGAUGUCAUCCAACUCGCAUGUACCAAACCCCCCACAAAACCACCCCCAUAAUUUCCCCAGUUCCUUCAAACGAGGACCUCCUCAAGGAUUCUACAGCUCAAGAAAUCCCCAUAAACCACUACAGCAUUUUGAAUUGAAAGAUCAACAUUUGUUCAAUGGCCCUCAUAUGCACGAGCAUGGUGUUCACAAUUUCAACAUGAACAGGCCACCAAUGAUGGCUGCUUCUCAUCAACAUGCAGUAGGCUUGAAGCCAUUCCAGCAUCAGUUACACCACAUGGAAAAUGGUCCUCAGCCAGAAGAGUCCAGAUGGGGUGCUGGAGGGUUUGUGCCACCACCUAGUGCUUACGCUCACAAACCACCAGAAGGCAUAUCGCUAAGCAUCAGUUCUCCGGCGAAUAGUGGGACCCAUGUGUCUUCGGAGCCCGUCAGUGUGAUCAAAAGUUUCUUUCUGCCAUUUUUGCCAAAACCGAGAUUGAACAUGAACGCUAGAGUUGUGUUUGGUGUAGUUUUAGACAAAGGUAUGGGGAUCGGAGGGAAGAAAGAUGCUGGACACCGUCCAUACCGAUGAAGUGCUCAUUUUGUUUUUAGAUAAAGACAGCAUUUAAAAGCAAUUUCAACUACCUUUUGUGAAAGAGACGUGUCCUUUAUUUUGUGUCUUUUCUUGAAAUUAUUCUAAGUACCGUGUUUCAAUGAAAAAUUUUAAUGCAGAGGAAAAAAAAAUGACAUUGGACAGGAAAGCAAAGUCAUAUAAGAGAAGACCUAUAAGCUUAAAAUCUUGGUUCAUUAGUCCUUGUGCAAGCAAAGCAGGAGGUUUCUACUUAUGCUUAGAGUGACAAAAUGGAUUUAGAAGGUAUAGUGAGGUUUUAAAUACCCUUCUCCCUCUCAAUAAAACAAAAAACAUUUUUAUGAGAUUUCUUUUUAAAGCAAGGAAGGCUUGCUUUAAAAGCAUGCCUUCCUGCUUUAAUUCAUGAAAAAAAAUUUCAUUGGAAAAUUAUAUUUCUAUUAAACAUUUGCUGACAUUUAUCAUAAGAACAUUUUAAUUAACAUCUCCAUGAUCAAAAAGGGUCUUCAUAUUAUUUACAGUUUUACAA